AUGCCGGCUGAACCACUCCUAUGUCGACGGCCUGGCUGGUGUCUGGAAGGAAGAGGCCCGGCUCUGGUUCGCCUUGUCAUGGUCAACCCAUACCUUCUGCUCAUGGACCACAGUGCACCUCUUCUUCGACACUGUGUGGUCAUCCAACACGAGAUCGCGUCGAGGCAUCACUUUAUGCAGUGUGUCUGGCUCAGUGACGAUGUGGUCUGCGUCCAUCCUCGCACAGCACACUUAGAGGUGAUGCUUUGGUCUGUUGAGGCGUCGGUCCAGGGUCACAUCUUUCCGAGGGGUAUCAUCUGCAGCAUCAGGAGCGAUCAGGAUCGGUUCACCAAGGUUGUGUCGCUCUAUGAUGACAUCUCAUCUAUAUCAAGGAUAUGUGGCUGUUUGUGA